GCGCCAUUGACAUACUAUACCACCCACCUCUUUGCGCCUGUACUCUCAUUCGCGGCCAUGCCAUCGAGACCCUGAAUACGGCGUGGGGGUUGUUUGUUACCGUUACGCCUCGACAGCGAGGCGCAUUCGAACCCGAAGCCAGCCGCUGGAGAACGGGCUGCCCUCGACGCCACUAGGGAUCUACCAACCCCCCCCUUUUUGAUCUCCCCGUCACCGUGUCGAGUUACCUGGGGUCAAUUCGGAAUUUUGUCGUCGAGAGCGAAGAGAGCAAAAGAAGGCUCGGGUCGGCUUACCCGUCUGUGGCAGCAUCUACGAAGAGACGAGGAAGAAAAGGGGUCAUCUGCUCAUCAGUUGAUACUCCUCGAUUCUCCGGAACGAACCCCCUCCGUCCCUGGAAUAGAAUAGCAAAUAACCUCUAGGUUACCGAUUUGUUUAUCUAUUGGCUUGUUUUUUCUUUCCCCUUUUCUAUCUCGGAAGCGCCCCAGCGUGCCUUUCCGUGCCGUCGAGCCUGUCCCCGAGAAAAAAGGGGCAAGGGUUUCGCUCCUCGUGUGUUAUCAGGUCGCACAGCUACGAGACACGGAGACGGGCAAAGAUGGGCCUGUUAGCCCUAGGUACCGCUCUUGAUUGGCCCGAGGCCCAGAAGUAUGCGCAGCAGGUGAGGGAAUGGGGUAUCAAGCAACUGCUGGAGAUAUGGAACAAGGCCAAGCGCAAGGAGCGUGAUGCCAUGUUGUGGGGUGACGAGAUAGAGUACCUAGUCGUCAAGUACUCUCCGGACGAACCCAAGGUCCUCCUAUCGCUCCGGCAAGCCGAUAUCCUCGAGGCCCUGGCAGCUGAUGACGAGCUAUCCGAUAAGGGCGGAUGCGUCCCGGCUCUCCAAGAGGUCGAGUCGCAGAAGUCGAAUCCCCUACCCGUCUUCCAUCCAGAAUUCGGCAGGUUCAUGCUCGAAGCUACGCCGGGAAAGCCCUGGGGCAUCGGGUUUAAGGAGCUGUUGGAUGUCGAAUCUGACAUGAAGAAUAGGCGGAAAAUUGCCAAGGAGCAUAUGGACCCUGCGGAAUAUCCUAUCACUCUCACCACAUUUCCCCGCCUCGGCGCCCCCGGCGUCUUCACGGACCCUUACUACCCACCGUCCGGGCCCAAGCUCCGGUCACAAUUCGUCCCAGAUGAGAUUGCCAAUCCGCACAUCCGUUUUCCCACCUUGGCCGCGAACAUACGCUGGCGCCGUGGGAAGAAAGUCCAGGUGAAUGUGCCAGUUUUCCACGACGUAAAUACGCCGAACCCGUGGAAGGACCCCACCGUCAACUACGACUUGCACAAUUGGCCAGAGGACGACGACGUGAGGAACGGCGCGGCCCCGGACAACUUCAUCCACAUGGAUGCUAUGGCGUUCGGGAUGGGGAGCUGUUGCCUACAGAUCACCUUUCAGGCGAAAAACAUCACCGAAGGCAGGCGGAUGUACGACCAGCUGAGCCCCCUCGGGCCCAUCAUGCUGGCUCUGACGGCUGCGACCCCUAUUUAUAAGGGGUUCCUGGCCGACACGGACGUCCGGUGGAAUCAGAUCAGCCGCGCCGUAGACGACAGGACUCCCGAGGAGCUGGGAGAGAAGCCCCUUAAGACCAGCCGGUGGCGCAUCCCCAAGUCCCGCUAUGCCUCUAACUCUACCUACAUCAGCAUGGACCCGCGCCUACGACCAGAGUACCUCGACCCAAACCUCGUCGUCGACGAGUCAAUCAAGGCACAGCUGCUCGCCGGCGGAAUGGACGACCGGCUUGCGACGCACUUCGCGCACCUGUUCAUCCGGGACCCGAUCGUCGUGUUCAACGAGGACCUGCAAGAGCUCGACCUCGCGAAGGCAGACCACUUUGAGAACCUGCAGAGCACGAACUGGCAGCACAUGCGGUUCAAGCCACCGCCGCCGGGGUCCGACAUUGGCUGGAGGGUCGAGUUCCGGCCGAUGGAGAUCCAGGUGACGGACUUCGAGAACGCCGCCUUCGCCGUCUUCAUGGUCCUCAUCACGCGCGCCGUGCUCAGCUUCGAUCUCAACUUCUACAUCCCCAUCGCCCGUGUUGACGCCAACAUGGAGGCAGCGCACGCACGCGACGCCGUCCUUGAGCGACGCUUCUACUUCCGGCGGGACGUGUUCCCGCAGCGCGCCGCGCGCAGCGGCGGUUCCUCGAGCGCGACGUCGCCAGCUACGAGCCGACCGGCGACCCCUCCGCCACCCGGAUGGCGGGUCGAGGAGGAGUACGAGCUCAUGGGCGUCGACGAGAUCAUUAACGGGUCGCCCACGUUUCCGGGGCUAAUCCCGAUCGUCGAGAGCUACCUCGACUCGGUCAACGUCGACGUGCGCACGCGCUGCGAACUCUCGAUCUACCUGGACUUGAUCCGCAAGCGCGCCAGUGGCGAGCUGUGGACUGCCGCCCGCUGGAUCCGGCACUUCGUCGCGCGCCACCCUGCGUACGCGCACGACAGCGCCGUGCCUGACGCUGUCGCCCAUGAUCUCAUUGCCGCUGUUAUCGACGUCGGCGCCCGUGAGCAGGCCGGCCUCGGUUGGCGUGACAUGCAGCAGUCCGCCCCGGAUAUCGAGCGCUUGCUGGGGAACUUUCGGAGCGCCGGUUACGGCGGGGACGCCAGUGCGAGCGGGCCGUCGUCCGCCGCAGCGGACUCGCCCUGCUCAAAUUAGCCGACUAGUGUAUGGGACGUAUGGCUAGAUGGAUGAGUAGAUGGCUAGUAGAGAGACAUACACGAGGACAGGUGGAGGUACGGAGCACACGAUGGAGAGAGAGAGAGAGAGAGAGUGACGAAGAUGGGUCGAUAGGAUGGAUGCCGGACGGGGUUGAUCAUUAUUAGGUGUGGGAUGUGAUGUGACGAAGAGUCUUGUCGGUGAACUUGGGCUGCCCGCUUACGCAUACGAUGCCUGGGGGUGCGCGCAACUACCUCGAACAAACCAGUCUCUAGGUAGUUCUAGGUGGGCUCCGUUUUUGAUAUUAUACCACACAAACCCGUCUACAUACCUCAACCGCCUAUCUAGCUGUCUGCCAGGAUACGCACUAGCACGUCCAGGCCCCUACCUCU